CCCAGUGUGCGUUGCUGUGUUCACGGUUCACGGCAUUCAGUAGCGUGGUAGCUGUGUUGACCACUGGUGAAGUUCUACAUCGAUAAGUUUUGUAGAAUUUAAAGAAAAAUGAGUAUUUUAGCAUACAAUGGUGGAGCUAUUAUAGCUAUGAAAGGCAAAAAUUGUGUGGCAAUAGCUGCCGAUAGAAGAUUUGGUAUACAGACUCAAACAAUAUCUUGCGAUUAUCAAAAGAUUUUCGAAAUGGGAUCGCACUUGUAUCUCAGUCUUCCUGGCCUUGCCAGCGACACUCAAACAGUAAUGGAGAGGUUACGAUUUCGAUUGAAUUUGUACGAAUUGAAAGAAAAUAGAAAGAUUCAUCCAAAGACGUUCGCGUCAAUGGUUUCAAAUUUGUUGUACGAAAGGCGAUUUGGACCUUACUUUGUGGAACCCAUUAUCGCUGGCUUGGAUCCUGUUACGUUCGAACCGUUUAUUUGCAACAUGGAUUUAAUAGGAUGCAUAAGUAUGCCAGGAGACUUUGCAGUCGGUGGAACAUGUAGCGAGCAACUUUAUGGAAUGUGCGAGUCGCUUUACGAACCAGAUUUGGAACCAGACGAUCUUUUCGAGACAAUCAGUCAGGCUUUGGUAAACGCAUGCGACAGAGAUGCAAUAUCUGGUUGGGGAAGCAUCGUUCACGUAAUAGAGAAAGACAAAGUAACAACGAGAACUGUUAAGACGCGAAUGGAUUAAAAUACGUUUAAAACGCAUUUACAUUAUGAAUUUACAAUUUGGAAGCACGUAUUAAAGAGAUGUAUAAUCUGUUUGAAUAAAUUAAUUUUCAAUAAAUAGAACGUAAAAUCUCGUAAUGUUUAUCGAUCCAAUUAUUACUUGUGUAAGACAGGAGAGC